AUGGCCACCAUCCCAGCCGGGGGCGAGACCCCACGGCCCUCCAAAAUUCCCUUCUGGCGUCUCAUCUUUGACCAGAAAGUCAUCACAGAGGAAGUGGCUUCAUUUCCAUACCCAGGAUCGGGCACACAGGAAGAUCCCUAUGUCGUGACCUGGCUACCGCGCGACCCUCGCAACCCGAUGAACUUCAGAGCAGUGAAGAAAUGGUCAAUCACGAUCCUGGUGUCAUUUGUCACACUAGCAGUGGCCCUUGUCUCAUCAGCAUACUCUGGAGGUCUGGGCCAAAUCGUCGAGCAGUUCAAGGUGGAAGAAGAAAUCGCCAUCCUCGGCGUGUCGCUGUUCGUUCUUGGAUUCGCGAUUGGUCCAUUGAUCUGGGCGCCGCUUAGUGAGAUUUUUGGCCGUCGCCAUAUCUUCACGAUUAGCUUUGCUUUUUUGACGGCGUUUAAUGCGGGUGCAGCUGGCGCGAAUAAUAUCCAGACUCUGAUCAUCUUGCGAUUCCUUGCGGGAUGUUUUGGUUCGUCUCCAUUUGGAAAUGCCGGUGGCACGAUUGCCGAUAUGUUUACUGCCUCGGAGCGUGGUAUUGCUAUUAGCUUCUUCGCUGCGGCACCAUUCCUGGGCCCGACAAUCGGGCCUAUCAUUGGAGGUUUCCUAGGCGCCGGAGCUGGUUGGCGCUGGGUGGAAGGCUUUCUUGCUGCUUUCUCCGGCGUCCUUUGGCUGUGCAUUAUCUUCCUGUUGCCAGAGACAUACGCACCAGUCCUGUUGCGCCGCCGAGCAGCUAAGCUAUCCGAAAUCACGGGCAAGGUGUACCGCAGCAAGCUUGAUAUCGAGCGCGGUCCUAUUCCCAUGGGUAAGACCCUGAAAACGGCUCUUUCGCGCCCUUGGGUUCUACUAUUCCGGGAGCCUAUCGUGUUUCUCUUUUCUAUCUACAUGUCUAUUAUCUAUGGAACACUCUACAUGCUUUUUGCCGCAUACCCAAUUGUCUUCCAACAGGUUCGCGGGUGGAGCGAAGGUAUCGGCGGUCUCGCAUUCCUGGGAAUUCUCGUCGGGAUGGUUAUCGCUGUGGCAUAUACCUUCCCUGAGAACAUGCGAUACGCCAAGAAGUGCAGCGAGACCACCGAUCGUCUUCCACCGGAGGUAAGAUUGCCCCCGAGUAUGGUCGGUGGUAUCGCCCUACCCAUCGGACUCUUCUGGUUCGCUUGGACCAACUACCCCAGUAUCCAUUGGAUGGCGUCCAUCGCUGCCGGGGCUCCGUUUGGCUUCGGCAUGGUGCUCGUCUUUUUGAGCGUGUUCAACUACCUGAUCGACUCAUACACGAUUUACGCCGCCUCGGUGCUAGCUGCGAACUCAGCCCUUCGAUCGCUAUUCGGCAUGGCCUUCCCUCUCUUCACUACCUACAUGUACCAGAACCUGGGCAUCCACUGGGCAUCGUCAAUUCCAGCAUUCUUAUCGCUUGCCUGCGUGCCUUUCCCUUUUAUUUUCUACAAAUAUGGUGCUCAGAUUCGUCAGAGGUGCACAUAUGCCGCCGAGGCAGAUGCUUUUAUGCGUCGUCUGGCGGAGAAAAACCAAGCUGAGAUUCAACGUGAGGAGACUGCUGUGCAGAAUGAAGCGGAGAAGGACGUGGUGUCUGCAGAUGUUUUGGAUGAUAGCAGUGAUAGCGAAAGUCUGUCAACUGUUCCAUCACGCAUUACUCUGGGACGGUAUGCGUCUCGUGUGUCUCGCCAGUCUGGGCGGUCUAUGCAUCGCAUCGCCACAGCCACUCAAUAUGAGGAGAAUCCGUAUGACCUUGACUUGGUGAACACUCGACAGUCUGCUAUCAGUAGUCAUCGUCAUGAUUGA